AUGAAGUUAGUGCGUUUUUUGAUGAAAUUGUCCCAUGAAAGUGUAACUAUAGAGCUUAAGAAUGGUACUCUAGUCGCAGGCACAAUUGUGGGUGUUGAUGUUGCUAUGAAUACUCAUUUAAGAUCAGUGAAGAUGACGGCAAAAAAUAGGGAAUCUGUUCAACUAGAAUCAAUUUCUAUAAGAGGGAAUAACAUCCGACACAUCAUCCUGCCUGACUCAAUACCACUUGAUACGCUCCUAGUUGACGAUGAACCGCGCAAGAAGCCAGCUCGUGGAUCACGGGGUCGUGCUGUUCCAACUCGUGGUGGACGAGGGCGUGGUCGCGGAAGAGGUGGACCACGCAGAGGUAGUGGCUUUAGAGGUGGACGGUAA